AUGGAAUACCUAUUCGGUCGAAGGAAAACGCCUGCUGAGCUUCUGCGACAGAACCAACGAGCGCUCAAUAAGGCGAUUCGAGAGCUUGAUCGAGAAAAGUCACGCAUGGAAAUGCAGGAGAAGAAGGUGAUUGCCGAAAUUAAAAAGAUGGCCAAGCAGAAUCAGAUGGAUUCAGUGAAAGUCAUGGCAAAAGAUCUUGUUCGCACCCGUCGAUAUAUUAAGAAGUUCAUAAUUAUGAAGGCGAACAUUCAAGCUGUUUCACUCAAAGUUCAAACGCUAAAGAGUCAGGACGCUAUGGCGCAGGCUAUGAAAGGAGUCACGAGAGCAAUGCAGUCAAUGAAUCGGCAAUUGAAUCUCCCACAAAUUCAGAAAAUUAUGAUGGAGUUCGAAAAACAAAGUGAAAUUAUGGAUAUGAAGGAAGAAAUUAUGGGUGACGCUAUUGACGAUGCCCUCGGUGAUGAGACCGACGAUGCUGAGAGCGAGCAGAUUGUUAACCAGGUCCUGGAUGAACUAGGUAUUCAAAUGGGCGAGGAAAUGGCCGGGUUACCCACGACAGGUGGACAAAUUGGCGUCAGUACAGGCGAGAGAGCCAAGCAACCUGUUGCUGCGGGAGGAGGCAACGACAUUGAUGAUGAUUUGCAAGCUCGUUUAGAUCAGUUACGACGAGAAUGA